ACUACUGAUGCAAUGGCGAGGCAACUGGAAGUUUCGGCAGAAAAACAAAGCGUGUUGUGGCUGUGAAUCAAACAGUAAGACCAAAACAAUAGCCAACGACUAGAAGCCCACAGGAAAUAUACCAGUCAAUCAGGUUACAGGGUUUACUCUUUGAAUGCUGUGAAUAUAGCCAUGGCUGUAGACGUAGACUGCUACUAAAACACGAACAUAAAAUGGAUAGAUGAGGCAAUGUUCAACCAGUUUGGAAUGGAGUAAACUACUUGUUGGAUUUAAAAACAAACCAAAGUGUGACAUGUCCUACAAAAAAGCCAAAGUCUAGGGGAAAAUAGAACCUCUCUUGUAAGACUUCCGCUUGUCCCAUCCUCAGCCGUGGUCCUGUGGGCCGUCCUCCGCUGCGUGUGGGCGGGGUGUUUUUCAGGCUGCAGCAGCUUCAUCCCGGUGACGCAGUCGGUUGCUAGGUGUGAAUGAACUGAUGCUUUCUCACAAUUAAACAGCCCUCCAGUUUUCAGGUCGACAACAACAAAGCAACAACUCAACCCUUUGCGCUGCCACGGAUAUCCCUGGCUAAAAUGGCUCUUUGAAUUCUCAAGUUGCUUGGACCGACAAAGAAGUCGUGCUUUGCUUUUGCAACGCACCUUAAGUGCCCUACAAUUUUCCGCAAGAAUGGAGUUUCACUAUGCCUGCCCCAUCCUGCUCUCUGUGGCCCAUCUGUCAGACCCUGCUCAUCUCCGCCACCACAACCUUGGACUUGGACUGAACCAGACCAAGCACCAUGAUGGCAACCUCGGCUCCUGUUUGGAAGAGUCUGCAUGUGUGCCUGGCAGACCCCCUCGCUCUCUCUCACCCACAGGCUAACCUCAGCCAAUCACAGGGGUGCAGGGGGGAGGUGUCAGAGGAGACGCAGCACUUAAUUGGUGAUGGUCUUACGGACUGGAUGACAGAAGAAGUGGAUUUCUCCUCGUACCUCCCACACCCUCCUUCCCCUCCCUCCUCCACCAAUGCCUCCCUACCCCCCUCACCCCUUCACAAUGAUAUUCAGGUGCCCUCGGACUUGGAGGUCAUGACCUCUCUGCUGCAAGAAGAGCUCGCCCAGCUGGAGGACUACUUCCUGUCCGAACCACUGCCGGAAAAGGGGCCACGACUGGGAAAAUGUGACAAGGGUCCGGUGCCAGCGGGUCCACAAGCAUUCAGUCAGCUGCCAUACUCAUCAUAUCCAGCGUCUAACCAACCGGAGACCAGCCCACUACUUGUUACCCUGGCAACCGGUGAACUGGACCUGCUGAGCAUCUGUGGCGGGCCCCUCGGGCGAUCCAAAAUACCAAGACACGCCCCGUAUAGCUGCAGUCGCCCCACUGGAAGUGGUAGAAAGAGAGUGGAUGGGCUGCGGUUCAGUGAAGGCUACGACACAAGUCUGUUGAGUUCCAAAGGCAGUAACUCAGGGAGCUCCGCACUCACUUUGACAGGAAGUUACAGCUGCGCGGACGACGAACAACUGCUGGGGAAAAGCUACUGUCUGGGCAGCGCUCUCGAGGUUAGGCGAUGUCAGGUCCUUCCAAAAGAAGAGAAGAACUGCUGCUUCAGCCAAGAUAUUUUAGGAACGGCAAAGAUCGUCAGUGGUGGAUUUGGUUUUGGCGGAUCAAUCGAAGUUCCCCACAAAAAAGAAGAUCUGCUCAUGUACAGCAUGAGAGAGGUGAGCGGAGGAACCGGCAGCAGCGAGGUGCUCAACACCAUCAAGACGAGUGUGGAAGUGACAAAAGCCACAGUGUCAUGGAAGAGUGAAGGCAGUGAGUGCUACCUCCCCACAGCUCAGUCUGAGGCCUAUCACAGCUUUUUAGGCAACAUCAACGAGCAGGUCAAAGCCGAGAGCUUACAGAUGGGCCAGCAUGAUCUGCACUGCGGCUUCCUAGAAGAGCAGAGUUCAGAGUGCUUUCUAAUGUCCAGGGAGAGCAUGAACCUGGAGUCAUCAGGCCAUAGACAAGCAUGCAGGCUGAAGGAGGACCACUGUCCGGUCAAAUAUGAGGUGGACAUCAUCCCAGUGGAAGGCGGGGAGCGCAAACAGAAGAAACGUGACCAGAACAAAACCGCUGCACACAGGUACCGGCAGAGAAAAAGAGCAGAACUGGAUUCAUUGGAGGAGCAGCUUCACUGUUUGGAGGGCAGGAACCGUGAGCUGCGGGACAAGGCUGAAUCUGUGGAGCGAGAGAUCCAAUACGUCAAAGACCUGCUCAUCGAAGUUUACAAGGCCCGUAGCCAGAGGCUCAAACAGGACACUACCGCCUAAUGUGAAGGAGAGGAGUUUCAGUUUUUAUGAUUGUUCAGAUAUGAAUGUUCAUUUUUCCUGAUGGGUGGGGUAACUGCAUGCUUUACUAAUAUUUGUUUUUGUUUUGUUUUUUUAAACAAGUCUAUCCAAUGCUUCCAUCGCAGUUGUACUGUUCAGAUUUAAUCCCUUCAGUCUGCACUGUGGCAUUGAAAUGCUUGAAAUGACAAUCAUUUAAAAUAGAUCUUAUGUGAUUGAAGUUGGAUUAUUUCUGAAAAAUUAUGUAACACAAUACAUACAGCAGGUAUAGGAUACUGAACCGCCUUAUUAGAACUGAUGUCAGCAAUAGAAAAUGUAAUUUUUAAUUUUUUUUCUGUAAUUCACCCAGUAUAUUUUUUUUAAUAAUCUAAAAACCUGCGUUCUUUGUUCAUAGUAAUAGUAGUAAGUACUAUUGUGUCUUGAGGAGCAAAUUAAGGUUAAAUUAGUAAUUAUGUAAAACCAGACAUAAUGUGAAAAAUAUAAAAAAAGAAAAAAUCAAAUUAUGAUUGGACAAACUAGUCUCUUGUGAACUUAUACUUCCUACAAAGAACGGUGCGGUUUAUCGAUUUCUUUUUGAUUCUAAGGUUUUACAUUCCUGUAGUGUUUACAUUCAUACAUUCACAACAUUUACAUAUUUAACAUUGCAUUUACAUUUUAUUGUGUUAUAUUAUUUUAAUUUUAGUGUCCUAACCAAAUUGCAAUCUGGUGCAAGUUGUCUAUUGGCUUUUUCUACUCAGGCUCAAGCAAUCUUACAAAUGUUUUUUUUUUUUUUUUUUAAAUGGGAAACAUUUGUAUAGCUAAAAAUUUCUUAGUGAUCCAAUACUGUAUAGCAGGUAUUAGCCACCUUCAUUUGUAUGUUUUUUAAAUUUUUUAAAUUAUUAUUAUUUUAUUUGUUUUUUUCUUUGUUUUUUUUCAUAACAUUGUAUUUUCUCAAGCUGGAGACUUCUCUGCACUGUUUAUUUAGGCAAUAUGAUCUAAAGGCCUGAUAUGGCUGAUCUGCACUAACUUGUAACUACUGUUUGUUCAGGGAGUGGAAUAUGUUGCUUUUACUUUAGUUAAAAUGAUGUUACUUUUUCAUGAAAUGUUUGGCUUCUGUAAGCGUCUGUGAACCCUCGUCCAUUCUGCAUUAUGCAAAUGUGACGUGCCACGUUCAACGCACAUCAAGUAACGACAAUCUGAGGAAGUAACGCUGACUCAUGGACAUUUAUUCGUCUCUUUUUAGUCUUUUACUCCCUGCGGUGUACUAUCAGCUUUGACUGUCCAAUACCAAAAAUAAUGCCAGGCAACCUGCUGACAGCGUGUUAUGACGCUAUGU